UUAUCCUCAUUAAUAUACACAUGUCUGUGCUGUCAAGUCCUAGAUUAGAACCCCAGGGCUCCCCCGAACCAAGGAUUAAGGCCCCUUCCCCCGCCUCCAAGUUUCUGCUUGCCUCUACCGUGAGCUCCCUCUUCCGGUACCGCAAAACGUCUCUUACAUUAGCAAUCGUACUCACUUAUGUUAUUUCCUUUGUGGUUGUCUCUUAUACCACCAAUGUUGCCCAGGUCGCGCUUCCAGACGAUGCCGCCGAUAUUAUCCUCCUCCAGCAGUCCUGGCUUCACUUGCAAAAAAUCUCUGCCUCCCCGCACCCCUACUCCUCGCUCGCUAACGACGAGGUCCAUGCUUACAUCUUGGCCCAGGUAAAACUACUCCUGGUCAAUUCCUACACGGAGUAUGCCGACGACAAGGAUAACAAGAUCUUAUUCAACCAAAGAAACGUGUUUAACAGCGCGGAUAAGGAAAAUCGGGUUAUCUACUACGAAAGCAACAACGUGCUUGCGCGGGUUAAUGGGACAGACCCUACGUUGCCGGCACUUUUGAUCUCUGCCCACUUCGACUCGGUGCCCUCCGCCUACGGAACCACCGACGACGGGAUGGGCAUCGCCUCCAUGCUCGCGCUUCUCGAGCACUUCAGUUUAGCCUCGACUCCACAACCCCUCCGCACAGUUGUGUUCAACUUCAACAACAACGAGGAGUUUGGCUUGCUUGGUGCCACAGCCUUUUUCAACCACCACUACUCCGAGAACGUGGCCUACUUUAUCAACUUGGAGGGCACGGGUGCUGGCGGCAAGGCCAUCUUAUUUCGUGCCACAGACUACGGGGUAUCCAGCUAUUACUCCGCUGUUCGCUCACCGUUUGGAUCAUCCAUCUUCCAGCAGGGCUUCUCCAACGGCUUGGUGCACUCUGAAACCGACUACAAGGUGUAUAAGGAACAUGGCCUCCGUGGGGUGGACAUCGCCUUUUACAAGCCAAGAUCCAUCUACCAUACCGCCGGUGACUCGAUUCAGGGCAGUGACAAGCAUUCGUUGUGGCACAUGCUCAGUACAGCUAAGGAUUACGUCGAGGAGGUGGUUGGCCAGGCCGAAGUCAACGACAACUUGGAUACUCCCGUGUUCUUUGAUCUUUUGGGCAAAGUUUUUGUCACCCUUCCAGCCUCCGCCUUGAGCACCUUGAACGUCAUCGCACUCACGGUUGUCCCACUCUUAGUCUUGCUCCUCUUACUGGUGGUACUUAAGAGAGGUACUUGGUCGGUUUCCGUCACCGACACCAUUUGGUUCCCUCUUUCCAUUGGCGCCUCGGUUUUCAUCACCCAUGCAGCUACUCAGUCCUUCUUUGGGUCCAAUCCGUUGGUUGUCUCCGCAGACUACGUCACCCCUGUGGCUGUGGCCUCGGCGAUUUUUUUACUAUCUAACUACGCCGCGUUAUCGCUCCUCACCUACGCCCUUCCAGUACACAAUGAAAAGUUGGUGUAUAUUCUUGAGCUCACCUUUGUUUUGUGGGUGGUGUUGCUCAAGUCUGUCGUGGAGGCUAACGGUGAUAAAGCUGCUCAUUCCGGGGAAUACGCUUACACGGCGGUAUUUCUCUGUUUCUCUGGCGCUGCGAUCAUUGGCCUUGUUGGGUUGAGCAUAAAGCGGACCCAGAACUACGAGCCUGAAGCCGAGAACGGUGAGACUGUGCCUUUGUUGGAAGAAGAAACCAUUGUGUACAGUGAUGAACCUCCAACCUUAAAGCACGAUGUUAAGAAUACCGUCUCGUCCCUCAGAUAUCUCACCUACGACUGGUCCUUACAGUUUCUCGUACUCGCCCCUGUUUCUUUAGUGGUGUAUAGUUGCGGCGAUUUAGUUUUCCAGGGAUUGCAUCAAACUUCUCAGGAAAGUGCUUUGGCUACGACUAUGCUCCACAAGUUCACGGUGCUCAUUGCGGUGGCCUGGAGUUUGCCGUUUCUCCCAUUUGUUGUCAAAUUUAACCGUUAUCUCGUGUAUUUCUUGGUUUUGACAGCGCUAUUUGGGAGCUUCAGCAUUUUACAUGAGCCACCCUUCUCCAAGGACUCUCCUUUGAAGUUGCGCUUCUUGCAAGCGGUGGAUAAACGUGGAGCCACUGUGGAGGUGUACGGCCGUGAAGGGUUUGUGAGAGCGGUGGUGGAGGAUUUGCCAUCAGUCAAGGAGUCUGGCCAGAAUGUUACCUGUGUUGCUGCAAGAGACGGCUCUGAAACCUGUUACUACGAGGGCCCCGGGCCAAAAGCCCACUCCGUCGAUGUGGAAAUUCUUAAGAACGGUAGUGAGAUUGUCGCUCCGUUUGAGCCAUUAAGCGGAGAGGUCAAGCUCCACGCUUUGCAGAACAGAAACUGUGUGAUCAGGUUCAACACCACUGGUUAUCCUGAGGCGGGUGUGGUUUCUCCUGUAAAGUCUAUUACUAUCUACCAAGAUAAAAACUCGACAGCUAGCCCGAAGACCGAUUUGAAGUGGGAUGGUGGGCACGUGGACAAGCUGGGCAACUACGUGUACCGUGAUAUGAACGGGAUUGACCAGUUGCUGCUCCACAAGCUCAGCUGGGACCAGUGGUACCACUUGGGGGUCCAGUGGAUUCCAAACUUCAGAGAUGAUUACGCUAUGCAGACAACCACGGCGUUGGGGGUCUCGGUUCAGUGCUACUACGGCGAAGCGGACGCAGAAUCCGUACCAGCCUACACCGAGUUGGUGCAGUACUCGCCAAAACUGGUGUCUAUCGCAAACAUGGCCAGUGGCUUGGUCGUGGUUAACCAGUACUUUGAGUUCUGAGGGCGUUUGGACUGUAUUAUAUUUAUUAAGUAAUUGUUUCAAUGAGUGUAGUGGUGCCAAAUGCGCCUGUUAUAGGUAGGAGGCACGGUGUGUCGAUUUAUUGCGAAGAUCAAGAUUUGAUAUGUGUGGAACUUGAUGAAUGGAUGAGAUAUCCGACAUACCCGUACUCUUCAACUAUAAUAAAAGAGCUAGGUCAGUUUUCUGAUGAGUUUAGUAUAGGUAAUGCU